CCUCACUCCUCUCCCUGGUCCCCUACCAAAUCAUCUACUUUCUCAGUGCCAUCUAGAGCACCGUCUUCCUCUCCCCCAAGAUCCACCCCCGCAGUAAAAUCUCCCAUUCAAAACGACCACACUUAAACCUCCAAACCGCCACCAACAACCAUGACCACCACCCCACCCCCAACCAUCGCCUUCUUCGGCGCAACAGGGGGCUGCGCAUCCCACGCCCUCGCCCUAGCCCUCAAAGCCGGCUACAAAGCCACCGCGCUGGCGCGCACGCCGGACAAACUGCGCACACAGCUGCUCUCAGCGCCGCACAACCUCCCCGAAACGCUGCUCUCGAGCGCCCUCACCAUAAUAGCGGGCGACGCGACCUCCACCGCAGCCGUGCGCGCCACGCUCACCGUCCCCGGCACGCACCUCGCGCUCGCGGCCAGCGUCGUCAGCGGCAUUGGUAGUGUUCCCGCCCUCUCAUUCAAGAACCCCCUCUUCCCCGUCACGCUGCAGGAGCCGCACGUGUGCGAGACGGCGGCGCGCACGCUCGUCGACGCCCUGCGCGCCCUGCUGGCCGAGGGCUACGCCGUGCCACCGCACCCGCUGCUCGCGGAGCCGCAAGGGAGGCGCGCGCCGCGCUUGCUGGUCAUCAGCAGCACGGGCAUUAGCGCCGCGCGCGCUGAUGUGCCGUCUUUGCUGGUGCCGGUGUAUUACUGGCUGCUGGAUGUGCCGAUUAGGGAUAAGGCGGCGCUGGAGCGCGUUGUUCUUGAGGCGCGCAAGGAGGGCGUCUUGGACGGGUUGGUGGUUGUUAGGCCUCCGGUGCUGGUGGAUGGUGAGGGGAGGGGGUUGGGGGCUGUUAGGGAGGGCCCCGGCCCCGCGGUUGGGUAUCGUAUUGCGAGGAGCGAUGUUGGGGCUUGGAUCUGGGAGGAGGGUGUCUUGAAGGGGAGAGAGUGGAGCGGGAGGUGUGUUACAAUAACUUGGUGAGGGGGGUCUAACGGGUGGUUGUGGUUAUGGGUGCU